UUUUAAUCCGCCUUUAUUAUCUGCUGCUUGCUACAGAGGCUGUUUGGGUUUGCGCCUUUGAAAUUAUUAUUGUCUAUCUCUCUCUUUUUUUUACAAUCACCCUUUUUUCGCUACCUUGUAUAUCGCUCUAGCCACCCAUUAUCGCCUCCCUUCACGAUCCCGUUAUCCUGCCGAAAAGUUUUCCUUGCUCAGCAAUAAGCCUGCGGAGGUCGGUUUAGGCCUACUAGACAAUCAUAUUGCUGGACAGAUUAGUGAUACGCGAGGGACGGCUGGAUUUCAAUCUUGUAAUUGGGUAACUCGGCGAUUUGUCGGUCUCCGCUCUUUAAAUGCUUCGUUGCACCAAUGCUAGUGCUCUUCGGACGGGCGUUAAGAGCUGCCCGUUAACGAGGUUAUCUUUUGGCUCUAAAUGGUCCAGAGGUGCUUCGGGAGGCACUAGGGGCAUUUCUCUUUCGUACCCUGCUCCGAGAGGCAUUGCGCCGGGACAAAUUAGUGCUUGGAGGGUACCUGUUGGCGCCAAACGAUACUCUACAAAUUCUGAAGCUACAAAUGCUGGAAAUUCGGAACCUGUUUCUGUGAGCGAAGAAAUUAAAGAUCCAGAAUCCGUUGCUGAGAGUGAGGAGUUUGAAGAUUCGGAGCCUGUCGUUGCGAGCGAAAAGUAUGAAGAUACGCUUCUAGAGUCCGACCAGUUGCUGGAAAGUAAACAAGGAAUUACACACGAUGACCUUCUGCUCUCGAUUGCGAAGGCAGGCACUUCGCCGAAGACUCGGGAGGAAUUGGAUGGGACCAUGUCGGUCAAAGUUUCUGGGAAAGUUGUCGAAAUGGAGUUGAAAUGGUUGAAGGAUCCUCGGGCGCUGUCCGACCGAGUUGCAAGGCUUUUGAAUGCCAAUGACGUACUGUUGGCUGUGGCGUUGGUCCGCACGGCACAAAGAGAGCGUAUGGAGUGUACAGUGGCUUGGAAUCAUCUCAUGGAGUAUUGUAUGAAAAAAAACCAUCCGAGGGCUGCGCUUAAGUUCUACAAUGAGAUGAAGAAGCGAGGACGAAGGCCUAAUUCAGUGACGUACACAAUCAUGCUGGAUGGCCUGUGCAGAGUAAGCAGGGACGCCGGCGUCCACCCCGUCAAGACUGCGUUCUCUAUUUACAAGUCUAUCUUUGCACCCAAUUCAACCGUAACGCCAAACCUUAUCCACACCAAUGCGAUGCUCAAUGUUUGUGCACGCCAUCGUAAUAUGGACAGCUUAUGGCGGGUCGCUGGCGAACUCCCUGAAGACGGGCCAGGCUCUCCAGACUGCACGACAUACAGUAUCAUCCUGAGAGCUAUCUCGGAUGCAGCCCAGGCGGAUGUAGAACGGAUGAAACCCUCUCAGGUGGAGCAAAUGCUUGCGAGGAAAGCCCAGGGUGUCAAAGAAGGCAAACGGAUAUGGUCCGAUAUUAUUUAUCGAUGGAAGAAGGGGCAGCUCGAAAUGGACAACCUCCUUGUGAGCGCGAUGGCUAAUCUGCUCCUAGAAGCAUCUACCGAUCGGGGUUGCUACGACGUUUUCGCGUUGAUUCAUCAAGUCACUGGAGUUCCAAUUCUCGCCAAAGAGCCUUCAGAUUCCUCUUCGAAACUACAAAAGAAGAGCAGAGGAAGCCACUUAGAGGAAGAUGUUCCGUUCGUGGAUGAUAGUGAAACAUUGUAUCGACCAUCGGAGGCGGAGCCAGAGGAGCUCAAGCAGGAAGAGGAAGAGGAAACAUUUGAAAACGUGUUUGACCCUAUCGUUGGCCCGGGACCUUCUUUUAUUUCUGUGGGGAAUAGGGAACUUUCACUGAUCCUAGAGGCUUGCUUAAGUAUGACUCAAGGAAUUGGUGCUGGAAAGGCUUACUGGCAGCACCUUACCCUGGAAGACACCCACUAUAAGAUUGAGCCGGACGGAGGCACGUACCAUCAAUAUCUCCGACUUUUACGGCUUGGUCAUUCCAGUCGCAUUGCCCUUGAGCUCAUACGCAACCAGAUGGUCCCCGCCCAAAUGACGGAGGGGCGAUCUUUCCGGAUCGCAUUUGCGUGUUGUCUCCGUGAUCGCAAAAACAUCAACGUUUUCAAAAAUGCCAAUGGGCUCCUUCAUCUCAUGGAGACGUCACUUGUGCUUCCUUUUCCUCAGGCGUUGGGAGCUUAUCUCGACCUAGUCCGCAUUUUGGGUAAUAGUCCCCAGCUCCUUAUGUCAUUGAACGGCAUCGACGGGAAUGGGAAACGACCGGCCGGUGGCCUGAGUGCUCUGGGCCAGCAGUUGCGCCUUAAUUUACAGACAACCGCUGUUGAAGCUCUGCGCCCUUGCGUUGUCAAACUCGAUAAAGCUAUGGAGCAUGGCUUAGUGUCUCCAGCUCCAGCCAGCAGCCGCGGUAUUCGCUCUAAUAGUGCUGAUGAGCAUGCCGUCUCCGGAGAGGAAGCUCUCAAGGUAUUAGCCACGGUAAGGGGCUUGAUAGACGAUAUCUUGAAGCCAGCGAACUCGAAGCUGCUUUCCAAAGAAACUCGCGCCCAACUCAAGAAAGAUUCCCGGGAUUUAAGGAAAUAUUCCAACGCUGAGAUUACCAUGAAGUACAAUAAUACUCUGGUUUCUCCGACUUCCGAACAGAUUCUGGCGUACAAAGAUCAGAAUGUUGGCGAGGAUUCCUUAGAUGUUGACUGAGUUCAACGACGAGUAGUGGGAGCUCUUGCAGCCCGCGCAACUAAUAGUUUUAUGACUUGUUUGAUGGUUGAUACUACCUCAUACUUGCAUGCAUAUACAGGCGUUGGUAUAUAGUCUUCAGUGUACACUAUCAUGGUUGGCAAUGAGGUGGUUUAUAUGUACAAAUAUCGGCAAUGUUCA